GAAAUGAGAUCGCACAUAAGUAUGAAUCGAGAUCGCGAUUUUCUAACGAUUAAUCGUGCAGCCCUACUCAGUAGUUAGUCAGGUUCUAGUCUGUUAACAUUUAGGUGCUUUAAUAAUGCCUUCUUCUCCAAUAAAUGCAAGAUGGUGUGUUGCUUUUGAUAUUAUAUAUCUGAAUAUGAGUAUAAAGAUUCUUUAGGAAUAGGCAAGAUUUCUAUUUUCAUUUUUACUCUUGGAAUUUGGGGUAGUUGAAGGUGGGAGGUUAAAGGCACAUGGGGAGAACAAACGAGGAAUGCAUUGAAACCUUCCCUUAUCCAUAUAAGAUAAUUAGGUUAUUGUUAUUGUUCCUAUUAUUAUUUAUAGUCAGAACUGUAAACAUUACCAGAAGUCUUUUCAGGAUAUCAGCUGGCUGCACCAGAAGCCGAAACACUGUUCCUCUGAAGCUACAUUAUCAGAAGAUUGGGUCUGAUACGUUUGUUAGGGCCUAAAUAUUCAACUUAAAUGUAAUCAAAUAUUUAACCAUUCAGAUCGUGCCCUGCCCCUCCCCCUGGGAAAGGCUCCAGUCUACUUUGAAUAGUAUCGUACUGCUUUGCUAAGAACAGCUUGCUCUCAUGGUGCAGGCACCAUGUGUUCUAAAGAGAGUGAAGUGAAGAAAGUAAGAGACCGUCUGUUGCUUCUUUCUCUCUACAUCAUCAUUUUAUAUGGAAAUGUGCAAGCCUCACAGUGCAAGCUUUAAUUCGUGUACUUGAUUUUGACUCAGCUCACUGGGUAAAGCUUCGAUUGACCCCACCAAACAACUCACAAAAAUUAUAUUCAGAUCAUCUCGAAGGUUUCUUAGUUUGUUGUUGACCGUUUUGUUGUUUCAGGGUGUGGAAUAUAUUUCCGGGGUGAAGGUUCCCUGCAUGUAGACUCCGAAUGGAAAUUUUCCCUCAGGUUGACUCGCAUAUUGUACCCAUAUUCGUGCACACUGUACUGCUAGGUAAACAGUAAACAGCUCACAUGGCUGAAGCAAUGUCCAUUAAACAUUAAAAUGAAGACUAUGGUCUCUUUGGGAGUGUUUUUUUUCCUGUGCUGGUUCCUCAUUUAGAUUCGAUCAGAUAAACGGUUCUUGCAACAAGAUCCAGAAUUUGAUAAGGACUCUCAAAGCCACAACAGAGCAUGUCUGGCUGUGGAUGGGUUUAUUUAAAUAUUGGAUCAGUGAGAGAAGACUAUAGUGUGCAGUCCCCGAGGUUCUCAUUGUUCACGUCACAUAAAAGUACUGUUAGAGGAUGACGCAACUAUUCUCUAAAGCCAGCUUUGUGAAUUCUUUCCCUGCUGUAGAUCUCUCCCAUGGAUAGUACACUCUGUGUCAGCAUAGAAACCCAGUGUGCCACUCAGACUGUGUCACAGCAAAGCUCUGUUGAACGCAGCGGUCGUUGACUCAUCGGUAACGCCUACCACAGCUCCUGCCCCAUAAUGCCAAGUGGCAUUUGAUUAGGCAAGAUCAAAAAUAAUCAGAGACAUGUUCUUCAUAAUGUCCUUUAUAAAGCUCAAACCACAUCCAUAUCUAUCGAAUAAAAUUUUUUGUAUCACAGAGCUCAAGUUCGUCUAACCUUUGACCCUUCCUUGACUUCACGAUGCCCGUUUAGUGUCUUUAUUUUGCCGCAAAAUCCUAACGCAACCUUAAUACACAAAUCUUUUCAUUUUGUCACUUAGGUGUUAAUAAGAUAGGUGCAAUGGCAGGCAGGAGGACUUAGUUACAGAUUCUGUGACGCGGCCUGUGGUUGUUUAUCAGGUGCAUGUGUGUUUGGGGAGCCCUUUGUACUCUUCAGAGCAGAUAAAAGUCCGAAGCGUUGGUUCAGUGGUGUCACACAGUCGAGGAAAUCCUGCACUGUUGCCUUCAAUUUGUUAAUGAGACUUGCCAGAAUUCCUGAAUUCUUAGAAAACUGAGACAUGUAGAGUACAUCAUGAGUUUAUCUUGGCUACUGGAGACAGACAGCAAGUCGCUGCGCUCCAUGAAUGGCUCCAGGCGAAACAGUGGCUCAUCCCUGGUGUCCAGUUCCUCCGCCUCAUCCAACCUCUCCCACCUGGAGGAGGACUCAUGGAUCUUGUGGGGGCGAAUUGUCAAUGAGUGGGAGGAAGUGCGCAAGAAGAAAGAGAAGCAGCUUAAGGAUCUUGUUAGGAAAGGGGUUCCUCAUCAUUUUCGAGCUAUAGUGUGGCAGCUGUUGUGUAAUGCCCAGAAUAUGCCCAUCAAGGAUCAGUACUCAGAAUUAUUAAAGAUGACGUCACCCUGCGAAAAGCUCAUACGCAGAGACAUCGCUCGCACUUAUCCCGAACACGAGUUCUUCAAGGAGAAAGACAGCUUGGGUCAGGAAGUGCUCUUCAAUGUCAUGAAGGCAUAUUCUCUGGUGGACCGUGAGGUCGGCUAUUGUCAGGGAAGUGCGUUCAUUGUGGGUCUGCUGCUCAUGCAGAUGCCCGAAGAGGAAGCAUUCUGCGUGUUUGUGAAGUUGAUGCAGGACUACAGAUUACGAGAACUCUUCAAACCCAGCAUGGCUGAGCUGGGACUCUGCAUGUAUCAGUUUGAGUACAUGAUCCAGGAGCAACUCCCAGAGCUUCAUAUACAUUUCCAAGCUCAGAGCUUUCAUACCUCCAUGUAUGCCUCUUCUUGGUUCCUCACCAUCUUCCUCACCUCCUUCCCUUUGCCCGUUGCUACGAGGAUCUUUGACAUCUUCAUGUGUGAGGGCCUGGAGAUUGUUUUCCGCGUGGGGCUCGCCAUCUUGCAGAUGAACCAGGCGGAACUCAUUCAGCUCGACAUGGAGGGAAUGUUACAGCACUUUCAGAAGGUCAUCCCACACCAGUUGGACAGUGGACCAGAUAAGGUCAUCCAGGCUGCUUAUCAAGUUAAAUACAAUGCCAAGAAGAUGAAAAAGUUAGAAAAAGAGUACACUACAAUCAAAACAAAAGAGAUGGAGGAACAGGUGGAGAUAAAGAGGUUGCGGACAGAGAACAGGCUUCUGAAGCAGAGGAUAGACACACUAGAGAAAGAAAGCGCUUCCUUGGCAGAUAGAUUGAUCCAGGGACAAGUGACUCGAGCUCAAGAGGCAGAGGAAAACUACCUGGUCAAACGGGAGCUGGCUACAGUCAAACAGCAGAGCGAGGAGGCCGGUGCUCAGCUGGAGCAGGCCAAGAAAACCAUCAAGCAGCUCCAGCAGCAGCAGCAGCCACAAGGGAAAGGACCCCCACGCUUCUCUGAGGAGUCCGUCCUGCAGCUGGAGAGAGAGCUCGUGCAGGCCCGACUAAAGGAAGCAGAGUCCCAGUGUGCACUCAAGGAAAUGCAAGACAAGAUUCUCGAUAUGGAAAAAAGGAACACAUCGCUACCAGAUGACACCAAUGUGGCGCGGCUGCAAGAAGAGCUGAUCGGGGUGAAGUUGAGAGAAGCGGAGGCGCUGACUGGACUGAAAGAGCUGAGACAGCAGGUUAGAGAUCUGGAGGACCACUGGCAGCGUCACUUGGCACGCACCGCUAGCCGCUGGAAGGACAGUCCUAAGAAGAACACCAUGAGCGAGCUGCAGGACGAGUUGAUGAGCGUCAGGCUACGUGAGGCCGAGGCUCAGGCAGAGCUUCGAGAGAUGCGGCAAAGGAUGUUGGAGCUGGAGACACAGAAUCAGAUUCACAACAACCAGCUGCGUCGAGCAGAGCAGGAGAGUCGCUCUCUGCAGGAGCGCGUGCAGAAACUGACAACACAAAACAAAGAUCUGAACGUGCAACUGCAAGAAAUCAAGAGGAGACAAGCUGAGAUUGAAUGCAAGAGCAAGGAAGAAGUAAUGGCAGUGAGGCUGAGGGAAGCUGACAACAUUGCUGCUAUGGCUGAACUCCAGCAACAGAUCUCUGAGCUCGAGAUUCAGAAAGAAGAAGGAAAGGUCCAAGGCCAGCUGAACCACACAGAUUCGAGCCAGUACAUCCGCGACCUCAAAGACCAGAUAGCAGAGCUACAACAUGAGAUUCGCUGCUUAAAAGGACAGAGGGGGCGCUUGGCCAAUCAGCCCACUUUUGAUGGGAUCCAUAUUGUCAACCACUACAGGGCGGAUGAUGAGUCUUACCAGUCUUCGGACGACGAUGGGGUCAAGGUCUCCCCCCAGCAGAGGAGCCGUAUCAAACUACACCCCAAACUCGAGGACACCGACAGCGAUGAGGAGGAGGAGGACGGAGAGGCCCUGCGGAUCUCUGUUCCUCAGAGCAGCAGCCACAAGACCACCUCCGUGUGAGCGGCGCCCGCCGGCUGCUGAAGUGGAGACGGAGGCUGUCAGCACUAACUGUGGAAGAGAGGGUCAUCCAGCAAACCAUUUCAGAGGAGACUCCUGAACUUGAAGAAUGAAAUGCAUCAUCAUCAUUUGAUAUCCUGAGAAUCACACGUGGAUUUAGUUUUCUUUACCUUCCUUUUGCAGUUUUUUUCUUGUUGUUGUUUUGGGGGGGUUUUGUGAGUAAAGCCAGAAGCUCAGCCUGAACCUCAGUAGAGGCUCAAAUCACGUGGAGCGUCUCAGACUCUACUGGGCCACAGAGACCUGACAAAGAGGAGGAGAAGGGAGAUCUCAGUCUAUCACUCCUGACCGCUUCUUCUAGGUACAACACAGAAAAAGAGACUGUGCAA